AUGAGUCGGAGGAGGAUAUCCUGUAAAGAUCUGGGACACGCUGACUGCCAAGGGUGGCUGUAUAAGAAAAAGGAAAAGGGGACUUUCCUAAGCAACAAAUGGAAAAAGUCCUGGGUGGUGCUGAAGGGGUCCUCGCUGUACUGGUACAGCAGUCAAAUGGCAGAGAGAGCUGAUGGAUUUGUGAACCUGCCCGAUUUCACCGUGGAAAGAGCAUCUGAAUGCAAGAAAAAGCAUGCAUUUAAGAUCAACCAUCCACAGAUCAAGACCUUCUAUUUUGCAGCUGAGAAUUUGCAGGAAAUGAACGUGUGGUUAAAUAAACUCGGAAUAGCUGUGAUCCAUCUUGAAUCCACUACAAAGGAUGAAGAAUGCUACAGUGAAAGUGAGCAGGAGGAUCCUGAUAUAGCCACGGAGACUCCGCCCCCUCACUCUGCCACUUCCUCUCCUUUGGUAGGUGCAGACGCUGCCCAGCGGGCAUCUUCGUCCUCACCCAAAUUGAGUGAAACAUCGUGUUCUUUCUCUUCCCUGGAAAAUACAAUGAAGACGGCCAGCAGCGGUUCUUCCUCGGGAUCUAAAGAAAGACAGUCCUGGCUGGACAUCGUGAACAGCUCACCUGCUGCUGGAGAUGCGGGACACGCACUCGCCUUUGCCGUGCAGGUCCAUGCCCCCGCACCCUCAGAGGCUGCCAGUUGCAAGGCCCUGGACACCAGCUUGGUCACAUCCGAAAGUGGGUUUUUGAACUCUUUGUCUAGUGAUGACACUUCUUCACUGAGUAGCAAUCAAGAUCAUCUCACUGUCCCAGACAAGGCUCCUGGAUCAAGGGUGAUGGAGAAAGAAGAAACAAAAGCACCUGAAGAUGAUGAAAUGGAGAAACUUUACAAAUCAUUAGAGCAAGCGAGUCUGUCUCCACUUGGGGACCGCCGGCCUUCGACCAAGAAGGAGUUGAGAAAGUCAUUUGUGAAACGGUGCAAGAACCCAUCCAUCAAUGAGAAACUUCACAAAAUUCGAACCUUGAAUAGCACAUUGAAGUGUAAAGAACAUGAUCUGGCCAUGAUCAACCAGUUGCUGGAUGAUCCGAAACUAACAGCCAGGAAGUACAGAGAGUGGAAGGUCAUGAACACCCUCCUGAUCCAGGACAUCUAUCAGCAGCAUCAGGCCCCAAGUGAACCUGAAGGCGCACCACAGGAACUCACGGAGCCCCCUUCACCGGCCUGUCUGGAAAAUUCUAUCUGAGAAAAAGCCAGAAUUCUCUCUUCUUGUAUUUUACUGAAAGCAACUUUACAAAGAUGUUGCAGGAGCUUCUGUUUCUCCGUGAUGGGAAAACUGAAGUUCCCCUCUGCAGCUUAGCUGAAGACAGUUACCAGAUGCAGCAGG